AUGAGUGUAACGAGCGUGCCAUCGCUCUCCUUCCCACAGGCAAACCGCCGUCGGGCAGUCCUCCUGCUCGUCGUCGCCCUGGCCCUCGUGCGCUCGACGUCAUUGCCCUCCGUCACCCAUGUCAACGACGCCGUGACCCUCAAGUCGUGGCGCGAGAACAGGCGCCAGACUCGCGAAGCCCGCAAACGACGUGAACGGGAAACCCCUCUCAACACUCCGGCUCUGGAGAAGAAGAUGGUUGACCUCUAUAUUCCUGACCCCUCCGGUUCGCGCACACUCCUCGUCCCUCAUCGGGGCCAGAUCUCCAAGGUCCGCAUCACACCCACAGCCCCCGAGGUCUAUUCAGCGCAUCAGGAGCUUUUCCCACCUCUCCGGCCGGGCGAGAAGCUCGGCGUCAACAAAAGGUUUUGGCAAAUGCUUCGUGCUGUCUUGACUGUUGCUAUCCCUAGUGCAACAGGAAAGGAAGCAUUUCUUUUACUGCUUCACACUUUCUUCCUCGUCGGUCGCACAUAUCUAAGUGUACUUGUCGCUCGAUUGGAUGGUCGUAUUGUUCGCGAUCUUGUGUCUGCCGAUGGCAAAGGCUUCCUUCGUGGGUUGGGAUGGUGGUUCGUGCUAGCCGUGCCGAGCACCUACACCAACUCCAUGAUUCGCUAUUUGGAGCACAAACUGGCGUUGGCAUUCCGCACCAACCUUACCCGUUACAUUCACGACCUUUACCUCAACAAAAACCUCAACUACUAUAAACUGGGUUUGGGGUUGGGUGCCCCCCCUCCAUUGCCCGAAGUGAAGGGCUCCUCGAAGUCGAAAGGUAGCGAAGCUUCGGAUACCGCUAGUGGAGGAGCGGACCAGCUUAUCACAACCGACCUGGCGCGCUUUUGUGACACUCUUGCUGCGCUUUACGGCAACAUGGGUAAGCCAUUUCUCGACAUGGCCAUUUUCAGCUCCCAGUUGGCGUAUUCUUUGGGGCCAGUGGGAACCGCUGGUCUCUUUGCCCAGUACUACUUUACAGCUUGGGUUCUGCGAAAGGCCACGCCAGCCUUUGGUCGUAUGGCUGCCUCAGAGGCUCGCCUAGAAGGAGAGUAUCGGACAGGGCUGGGACGCAUCGGCCGCGACAGCGAAGAGAUUGCCUUUUACGAUGGUGGCAAGCGCGAGCUCUCCAUCCUUUGGACAGCCUACCAGAAGCUCGCCAAGCAUGUCCAUUCCGUCUACAAAGUUCGCAUUCCUUAUGGCAUGACGGAGGACUUUGUCAUCAAGUACUUUUGGUCGGCGGUUGGAUAUGGUCUCAUGUCCAUUCCAGUCUUCUUCCCCGUCGCCCGUCAUUCCACACAAGCCAGCGCAGACCCUUCCACAGUGCACAACGAGGUGGCUUCACGCACGGAAAGCUACGUGUCCAACCGUCGUCUUCUUCUUUCGCUUGGUGACGCGGGAGGCAGGCUCAUGUACUCGGGCAAAGAGCUUGCAGAGCUUUCCGGCUACACUAGCCGCGUCUACAGCCUUCUCGCCUCUCUCCAUGCUUUAGACAACAAUAUUUACCCCAAGAACCCCCGUCCUGCGGCACUGCCUGCAAACCAGUCAUUCUACGACUUGUCGAACGUGCACGGCCGUGUUACAAUCGGCCCUAGCCACGUUCUUCUCAAGGGUGUUCCCAUUGUCGCUCCUGCUGGUGGCUCAGCAGGUGCGGAGCGCGGAGGAGAGGAACUCAUUCGCAGUCUCGACCUCCGGGUCGAAAAGGGCGAGCACACCCUCAUCACUGGUCCCAACGGCGUUGGAAAGACCGCGAUUGCACGUGUCAUUGCUGAGCUGUGGCCAACCUGGUCAGGUCUUCUGGAGCGCCCCAGUCACGGCGAGGGCGGCAUCUUCUUCUUACCUCAAAAGCCUUACCUUUGCAUUGGCAGUCUGCGUGACCAGGUUAUCUACCCCCACACCUAUGCUGAGAUGAAGGCGCGAGGCAGAACCGACAGCGAGUUGAUGAGCAUUCUUGAACAUGUUCACCUCGCCUACCUUCCUGGCCGCGAGGGCGGUUGGGGAACCAGAAAGGAGUGGAAGGAUGUUUUGUCCGGUGGCGAGAAGCAAAGGAUGGGCAUGGCUCGCCUCUUCUAUCACCGCCCAACUUAUGCAGUGCUGGACGAGUGCACCUCCGCCGUUUCCACAGACGUCGAGGGACUGAUGUACGAGCACGCUAAAUCGCUUGGUAUUACUCUCAUCACCAUCUCUCAUCGUCCAUCUCUCCUGAAGUACCACAACCGUCACCUGCGCCUCGGCGAGCCGACUCUUGCGCCAUCCUUGUCCACUGCCAAUUUGCAGGCCACUCUCGGAACGCCGACCACCCCGCUUGCCGCUCACGGCUGGCAAUUGACGAAGCUGGCAUCAGGCACGGACGAGGAAAAGCUCGAGCUGGACAAGGAGAUUGAACGCCUGGAGCGAGUUCUCGGCAACGAGGUGGACCAGUGGCAGUCUCGACUGGACGAGGUCAACACGGAGCUGCGCGGUGGCAAGUAG